CCCCCGAAAUGGGUCAUUUUAAAGAGGUGUUGCCAGUGAUGUUUCAAGAAACGUUAUUUUCCUUUGGUCCUUCUGAAGAUACAGUCAUCACAGAGGCAGCCCCUGGAGCUUCUCCUCUGGGCAGCGGAGAUGAUGGACCGGAAUACCAAAGAAAAUGGGCAGGCUCAAGUGGCAAUUCCAGAGGUCCCCGGUGACCCUCUGCCAAAACCUCAACCCCCAGCUCCCUUGGGGCCGCGGACUCCUCGGCCUUCUCCCUCCCUGCCGCCAUCCCCGCUCAGCGCGUUCCCACCGCCUCUCUCUCCAGGUCUUCUGCCCGGCUGCUCGAGGCAGGGCUGUGGCAAAGACCCGCCUCCGCGUCCCGCCGGACCCGCAGAGGGUCACUUCCCCCUCUCCGCGUUUCAGUUUCCUCAAAUGUUAGGCUGGCUGUGGGCCGGGCUGGCUCUGAAAGUCCUCGGCUCGGGAUCGCCCGCCCUAAUCCCCGCCCCUCCCCCGCCUCCGGGCCAGGCGCCCCCUCCGCUCGUUCAGCUCUGCCUGCGGCCCUGGACAAUCCUCGCCUUGUCUAGGGCCCGGCAUCUCGAGUUUUCUGUAACCUCCGGCUACGCCUUUUUUUCCAGGGCGGAGCCCCAACCCGGCUCCUCCUAGCUGCGGGCCGCACGGCAGCCCCGGCCUCUUUCCCAGAGCCCGUCUCCGGAGUUGGGAUCCAGGCGCACAGCCAGAGCCCGGUGCGGGCCCGUGUGCGGCUCGGCCAGCUCCCCGCCAUGGCCUCGGGCCCGGAACUCCGGCUCCUGCUGCUCCUGCUGCUCCUGCUGUCGCCGCCUCCUGCGGCCUCGGCUUCCGAUCGUCCCCGGGGCAGCGACCCCGUCAACCCAGAGAAGCUGCUGGUGAUCACCGUGGCCACAGCCGAGACAGAAGGAUACCGGCGUUUCCUGUGGUCAGCGGAGUUUUUCAACUACACUGUGCGGACCCUGGGCCUGGGAGAGGAGUGGCGAGGCGGUGAUGUAGCCCGAACGGUUGGUGGAGGACAGAAGGUCAGGUGGCUAAAGAAGGAAAUGGAGAAAUACGCAGACAGGGAAGAUAUGGUUGUCAUGUUUGUGGACAGCUACGAUGUGGUUCUGGCUGGCAGCCCCUCAGAGCUGCUGAAGAAGUUUGUCCAGAGUGGCAGCCGCCUGCUCUUCUCUGCAGAGAGCUUCUGCUGGCCCGAGUGGGGCCUGGCGGAGCAGUACCCUGAGGUGGGCACGGGGAAGCGCUUCCUCAACUCUGGUGGAUUCAUCGGCUUCGCCCCCACCAUCCACCAAAUCGUGCGCCAGUGGAAGUACAAAGAUGACGAUGAUGACCAGCUGUUCUACACUCGGCUCUACCUGGACCCAGGACUGAGGGAGAAACUCAGCCUUAGUCUGGAUCAUAAAUCACGGAUCUUUCAGAACCUCAACGGGGCUUUAGAUGAGGUGGUUUUAAAGUUUGGUCGGAACCGUGUGCGUAUCCGGAAUGUGGCCUACGACACACUUCCUGUUGUGGUCCAUGGGAACGGUCCCACUAAGCUCCAGCUGAAUUACCUGGGAAACUAUGUCCCCAAUGGCUGGACCCCCGAGGGAGGCUGUGGCUUCUGUGACCGAGACCGGAGGCCACUCCCGGGGGGGCAGCCUCCCCCCCGGGUGCUUCUGGCCGUGUUUGUGGAACAACCUACUCCCUUCCUGCCCCGCUUCCUCCAGCGGCUGCUGCUCCUGGACUAUCCCGCCGACAGGGUCACCCUCUUCCUGCACAACAACGAGGUGUACCAUGAGCCCCACAUUGCGGGCUUCUGGCCCCAGCUCCAGGACCACUUCUCAGCUGUGAAGCUGGUGGGGCCUGAAGAGGCCCUGAUGCCAGGCGAGGCCAGAGACAUGGCCAUGGACAUUUGUCGGCAGGACCCCAAGUGUGAAUUCUACUUCAGCCUGGACGCGGAUGCGGUCAUCACCAACCCGCAGGCCCUGCGUAUUCUCAUUGAAGAGAACAGGAAGGUGAUAGCACCCAUGCUGUCCCGCCACGGGAAGCUGUGGUCCAAUUUCUGGGGAGCCCUGAGCCCCGACGAGUACUACGCACGCUCUGAGGACUACGUGGAGCUGGUGCAGCGGAAGCGAGUGGGCGUGUGGAAUGUGCCCUACAUAUCCCAGGCCUAUGUGAUCCAAGGGGAGACCCUGAGGACGGAGUUGCCCCAGAAGGAGGUGUUCUCCAGCAGCGACACUGACCCAGACAUGGCCUUCUGUAAGAGCCUGCGGGACAAGGGCAUCUUCCUCCACCUCAGCAACCAGCACGAGUUUGGCCGCCUCCUGGCCACUUCCCGGUAUGACACAGACCACCUGCACCCCGACCUCUGGCAGAUCUUCGACAACCCCCUGGACUGGAAGGAGCAGUAUAUUCACGAGAACUACAGCCGGGCCCUGGAAGGGGAGGGACUUGUGGAACAGCCCUGCCCAGACGUGUACUGGUUCCCUCUGCUGUCCGAGCAAAUGUGCGAUGAGCUGGUGGAGGAAAUGGAGCACUAUGGCCAGUGGUCAGGAGGCCGGCAUGAAACGGAGGGAACACAGGCUUUAAGGGCCAGGAGCAAGAGGAGGGGGAGGCUGGCCCUGUCCUGUCGGCUCAGCGCCCACUGCCCACAGGACUCAAGGCUGGCUGGAGGCUACGAGAACGUGCCCACCGUGGACAUCCAUAUGAAGCAGGUGGGCUACGAGGACCAGUGGCUGCAGCUGUUGAGGACGUAUGUGGGGCCCAUGACCGAGAGCCUGUUCCCAGGCUACCACACCAAGACCCGGGCAGUGAUGAACUUCGUGGUCCGCUACCGGCCAGAUGAGCAGCCCUCUCUGCGGCCACAUCACGACUCAUCCACCUUCACCCUCAAUGUCGCUCUCAACCACAAGGGCCUGGAUUAUGAGGGAGGUGGCUGCCGCUUCCUGCGCUAUGACUGUGUGGUCUCAUCCCCCCGGAAGGGCUGGGGGCUCCUGCACCCUGGCCGUCUCACCCACUACCACGAGGGGCUGCCCACCACUCGGGGCACUCGCUACAUCAUGGUGUCCUUUGUGGACCCCUGACACUCAACCACUCUGCGCAAGCUUCCCUGCCAUUGUGCCUUCUCGUGCCCCCUACUCAGGGGGGUCUGUCUGACUCCUCGCCUCCUGGGUGUGUGUUCCGUGUGCUGGGACUGAAUGUGUCUCCUCGCUCCCCACCGCAUGGUCCUCAGGAAGCUCAGGGAGCCCCCUUGCCCCGCCCCUCAGCCCCCAAGCGUUCGGGGAAGAGGGCUUCUGGGGGUUCGCCACGUCAUAAGUUAUUGUUUCUUAGUCUCCCUCUCAAUAAAGGAGGAUUUGUAAUUCUUAA